GCCCACCGCCUUACCCUCGCCCGGCCCCUACACAUUUCCUCUUCUAUCGAAGACCUAAAGAAGAAGAUCUCCAUGGAUUCCUCUUCCUACUCCGCCGAUUCGUCGCCGUUCUCGUCGGAAAUAGAGGCGGUACGCGGCUCGGCUAGAUCUCGGCCUGCGAAGGCCAGAUUCUUCUGCGACGGACUCGACGACGAAGAGCCGCGGCACUUUCUCGACUCCUGCUUCCUCUGCCGCAAGUCCCUUGCUGGCAACCUCGAUAUCUUCAUGUACAGAGGGGACAUGCCGUUCUGCAGCGAGGAGUGCCGGCAGGAGCAGAUCGAGAUGGACGAGGCCAAAGAGAAGAACCGGAAGUUGUCGCAAAAGGCUUCCUCAAAGAAGGAUUCGGACACGGCGGCCGCCGCCGCUAACGAUGUGCAUAUCAGGACCGAUACGGCCGUGGUCGCUGGAUAAUAAGUUUACUAUCCGAACGAUCUAAGAUUACAAGAAAGGAAAAGAAAAGAAAACAAAACAAAACAAAAACACACCGGCAUAUCGCAGAGGAACUCGCAGAAGUUGAUCAAACUUGUUUUCGACAACUGCAUCAUACCUGGGAUGCUUCAUGCUUGUAAUUGACCCUUUGAGUAUAUUGUAACAAAAAAGGGUCUUUUUUUUUUUUUUUUUUUUUCUCUUCUUCGGUCUUCUGAAAUCUAAGAUGAGUUGAGACUUUGAAGUAUUCUGAU